AUGGAACUCAGGCCAAACCACCAAUUCGACCCUUACGGUCCUGGUGCGGAUGCUUAUUAUACCGACGAAGCCGCUGAUGUCGUCAAUAAUAUUGAUUGGGAUGAUCCUUCAUCUUUCUUUAAAGCCAUAGGUGCUGGCCCUGGUGGUAGUAUGCCUAUGCCGGAAAUGAAAUCGGCUCCAGACGUUCGCCGAGAGGCUACAGCAAGGUCAGCCAAGAUAUUUAACAGCUACGAGACGCUGCAUGAGAUUCUACAGCGCCAUGAAGCUACGAUUCGCAAGCGAUGGAUCAAGAAAACACGGCCUCAAAGGCUGAAAAUUUUACUCAAUGCCUGGCCGAACAUGCCAGCAAUGCAUCGCCCCGACUUCGAGGCUUUCCGGAAGGAAUCAGAGGCCGACCGCGACAGAGGUACUAAAUACCGAGACUCUUUUCUGUGUCCCUUCAUGAAUCAGGAGGAUCUCCUCAAUACCAAGACACUGCCUUUGCUUUUGAACGCCAGAGGCCGCCAUCCACCGUCGCAUUUUGCUGCCGCCGACAUCGAGGCCAUGCACCUGGGCAAAGUCUCCAAAGCAAUUGCGCCUGUUUUCUUGAACCAGUAUAUUAUGAUGCUGAAUGGUAUGACUGAGAAUACCCGGGAUUAUGGCAGGCUUGUGGGUUGGCAUGAGCACCCUGACGCGUUUGACUGGAUGACCAAACGGAAACAAUUUCUUCCCGGAGAAGGUUUGUUGAUCCUUGAGGUACAGGAGCGGCUUCUAAAUGCUCUCGUUCAAUGCUGCCUGCAGCUUCUUCAUGACAUUCCAGAGUCCGAUUUGACAAGUGACUUGUUCCCUGUUCUACCAGAACCACCACUCAAGCCUGAAAGUGAAGUUACUGGAUUUGAAUCUCUGAGCAUCAUGGCCAGUGAGGCACCCUAUCGCUUGCCAGCAGAACUUGAUCUUCGUCUUCUUGAGUCGCUGCUUGCCGCGAGAGCGUCUGCUGCAGAGGAUCAUCUUUGGGCUUUGCGGGAGGACCCUGAUUACUUUUCGAGAACUGUACUUGACGCCCAGGAGCAUCGGCAGGAGAUGUUGAAGGAUACCAUGGGUAGGGAUCAUCCAGUAUUCAGCCAUGGCCAGCGCGAUGUUCUUUGGGCACGCGUCAUUGGCUCUGUGGUCUUGAACGCCUACAUCGAGCUUGAACUUUUCUCUGAACUUAGCAGCCAAGCCACGAAGCUGGCUGCCAUGCAGGAGAAAUAUGCCGGCGAUAUAUCGCCUUCAAAAGAUUUGCCUGAAGAAUACCUGGCGGCCUUAAUGCGUUUCCGGUUCUACGUCGACCAGGCGGCUAAAGGACCAUUGGGGACCCUCAGACACACCGCUGUGGCCUCACCACCCCUAAGAAGACUGUUUGUCCGUGAGCCGCCGCUCGAUCAUCAGUCUCCGAAGAUCAAAGUUAUCUCAAAGCCUGGCGCCAAGAUGAACGACCUGGAAGUGCAAUUGAUUUGGCUGCUUCGUACCCUGUGGGAGGACGACACAACUCUGUUCCUGGCUGGUAUGCCUCUGGUUGUGGACGAGACCGAGCGACUGAUUCAAUCCGAGCCCCGUGCGCGAGAGCUACUCUCUUCUCAAAUCACCAGAGUUGUUGGCGAUCUCUCCAUCCUUUCCCAAUGUCUGAACCAGUUGAACCUUUACCACCCAUGGGCCAUGACCUUCGUGGCCGAGGCUGCGGAACGUGAUGAAGCUUUGAAGAAAGAAUAUGCCGAACGGACUCAAUCCUGGGGCAAAAUUUUCGCCGCACUGCACGAGAAAAGCAUUUCAUCCAGGGCCGUUACCUUGGGCCAGCCUACUGGAGGCAAAUUCGUCUAUCCCGUCGACAAGCGCCGCACUCGGGAGACCGUGGACGCCUUGCGCCGAGCCGAAGGAAAUCUGGACGCUUUCUGGGUUUCCAUCGAUCAUGUCAUAAUCGCCAAAGCCGGCGAUCUGCGUGAUAGUGCAGUUCGGAACCUCUUGUCUCAGCCACGCAUCUUACAACGUACUCGAGAAUGGGUCGAGCCAGAGAAGCCGUCGCCUGGGGUACCUGCACAACAAAAAGCGAUCGAAUCAGAUCCAUACACAUUGUAUCAACCAAUUUCCAAGUUCUACACAGCGCCAUCAGCGAAAGAGCUUGAUAUCCAAAAGCCCAAGACCAAGCUCAAAACCCGUGGAAAAGCACGCCCACCCACACCACCAACGCAAGCCGAAGUGCUGUCAAAGCCCAACCCCGUCGAUCCCCAGCCUUCUUUCCCAGUCGAUGCGCGCGCUCUCAAGGUCUUCCGCACUAUAUACUUCAAUCCUGCUGCGACUUCCACACCGGGUGAAGUUCCUUGGAAUGACUUCUUGCAUGCCAUGACGUCGGUCGGUUUUACGGUCAUGAAGCUUUAUGGCUCUGUCUGGCAAUUCCAGCCCACCAGGCUGGAUGUUGAAAGAAAUAUCCAAUUCCACGAGCCGCAUCCGCGGGGGAAAUUGCCCUUUACGGUCGCUCGUCAGUAUGGGCGACGGCUGAAACGGGCGUACGGUUGGUUUGGAGGCAUGUUUGUUUUGGCCGAGAAGUGA